UGUAAAAAGUGUCCGUCUCAUUACAUUGUCAUCCAUUUUAUCUCCAACCUGUAGGCUACAGAAAAGGCCACAUACUAUUUCUGCCAAAUCCUAUAUGUGCUACAGGAUUUAUGUUAGGUACAUUUUUUUCACAAAACGUUGGUGGAGUUGCAGCAAUGAGUCUCUCCAACAUCACCCUAGAGAAGAGCGCUGGGAAUGGACAAGCAAAAUAUUACCCAUCCUUACUUUUGACAAAGUGGGCCCAGUUUAUCACAGAGCGGCAUCAGCUCUCACCUAAAAAGCCCAUAGCGCCGGGAAUGGACAAGCAAAAUAUUACCCAUCCUUACUUUUGACAAAGUGGGCCCAGUUUAUCACAGAGCGGCAUCAGCUCUCACCUAAAAAGCCCAUAUGCCACUGGUUAAGUGAAAUUGUCAUUGUUUUUGGACAGUAUUAUGUGAGGUUGUAUGUGUUGUUGGAGGUGCGUUUUGGUCUGUUUAGCUCAGAAAAUGCCGCCCUCAAUCUGAUGCAAUAGGCGACCGCCUAAUCCUGCUAAUGAGCGGGCCGGUCGUGAGUAGACGCCUUCUGUCCAAUGACUCUUAUGUGUAAUGUAAUGGAACUGAGAGUUUAAAAUAAAUGUAACUUUUUAGACAAAAUAAAAUUACAUACUACAGCACAAAGCCGACAUUUAGGUGAAUCAAUAUAACUUAAAGUAUAUUAUUCGGUGACUGUGUAGUUAAAAAUGGAAUAAAUCAAUGCAUUUGCAAGCGCUGGCUAUUGAACCUUUAUCUCUUGCUAUUUGUCUCCAUCUGUCGGUAUUUUAGUAGUACACCCACAGGAAGUUAUAAACGAAGCGUGCUUGGUAACAAACCGGGCGACAGAAGCGACUGCUGAUUAAACAACACUGAAUGAAACUGAGUUUUAAGGAAGCACUUACUUUACACAUUUAUUACACGUCGUAGCACGUGUUCCAGCACACCACAGAAACGAAGGGAUUUGUGGCACACCGCAAUUUGUAGUUGUUGCAGGAGGUUCGCACCAGCAUGUCUGUGUCUGUGAUCAUUAAAUGGGGAGGGCAGGAGUACUCCAUCAGGACACUCUCCGAAGAGGACACUGUGCUGGACCUCAAGCAGUCCAUCAAGUCCCUGACAGGGGUUCUCCCAGAGAGGCAGAAACUCCUAGGAUUAAAGGUCAAAGGCAAACCAGCAGAGGACCAAGUGAAGCUUGGUUCACUGAAGCUGAAACCCAAUACCAAGAUCAUGAUGAUGGGCAGCAGGGAGGAGAGUCUGGAAGAAGUUUUAGCACCUCCCCCAGAGAAUGAUGACAUUGUCAAUGACUUUGACAUUGAAGAAGAGGUGAUUGAAGUACAGAACAGAGAGGAGAACUUGGCCAAGAUAGCCCGCCGUGUCAAAGACUACAAAGUGGAGGGGAUGAACCCACCCAGGGCAGGAAAGAGUCUGUUGGUACUAGAUGUGGACUACACGUUGUUUGAUCAUAAGUCAUGUGCCGAGACGGGACAAGAGCUCAUGAGGCCUUUUCUCCAUGAGUUCCUGACCUCGGCGUAUGAGGACUAUGACAUCGUCAUCUGGUCUGCCACGAGUAUGAAGUGGAUUGAUGCUAAAAUGAAAGAGCUGGGAGUGACAGACAACCCUAACUARAAGAUCACCUUCAUGCUGGACAGUGCAGCUAUGAUCACGGUGCACACGCCUAAGAGGGGUGUAGUGGAGGUGAAGCCUCUUGGGGUGAUAUGGGGAAAGUACAGUGAGUUCUACAGCAAGAGGAACACUAUCAUGUUUGACGACAUUGGCAGAAAUUUCCUAAUGAACCCACAGAACGGACUGAAGAUACGUCCAUUCAUGAAAGCGCACUUAAACCGUGAAAAAGACAAAGAGCUCUUCAAACUGUCUCAGUAUCUUAAAGAGAUUGCCAAACUGGAGGACUUCUCAGGUCUCAACCAUAAGCAUUGGGAGAGGUAUCGCACUAAGAAACAGAGCCAGUGAGAGCAUUGUUGUGGAUGUGUGAAGGGAUGGUCAUUCCUCAACCAGGAACAGUGCUGGACACUCAAGCCCUCACCAAACCACGACUGCCCGUUUCUGACUGGGAGCUGUUUCCUAUUGUUUGGCUUGUUUUUUAAACUUCUGUUCUUCCCUCAUCUAUGUCUUUCUCUGUUGACUUCAGUCUGGGAGACACAGUAAAUACUAUACACCUAUCAGUACUCAGUUUACACCUACCAGUACUCAGUUUACACCUAUCAGUACUCAGUUUACACCUACCAGUACUCAGUUUACACCUAUCCGUACUCGGUUUACACCUAUCAGUACUCAGUUUACAUGCAAUGUUUUUUUUGUUAGGUUUCACCCAAUCGUUCUUUCAGAUUAGUGACUGUCAUCUGUAGCUAUGCCACUUAACCUCAGAGUUAUACGAACAUGAGUUUGUUCUGUACUGAUAGUGUUCUGUAUUCUCUCCUCUACUCUCCCCCUGGCUCUCUCCUC